AUGGGUCAAUUUAAGGAGAAGCAGUCUUCAUCCAAAGAGACUUGGAAACCUUCAAAAAUGUCUGUAAAUCACAUAGGUAAUGCACAUACUAUCAAAUCAGGUGGAUGUGAUGACGAUGGAACUGUAUCUACAACUUGUAAUGUCAGUGUGGACUCUGUUUUGCUUAGUAGAGACGCACCCGAUAGAUGUAAUGUUUGUGGUAAAUCUUUUGCUCAGUUACGUAACUUGAAGCUCCACACUCGAAUACACACUGGUGAGCGACCACACAAAUGUAGUAUUUGUGACAAAUCAUUUACGCAGUUGGGUACGCUCAAGGACCAUUUAUUAACCCACACCGGAAAGAGACCCCACAAAUGUAAAGUGUGUGGCAAAACGUUUAAAAUGUUUCGUACUUUAAAGAUCCAUUUUCGAAUACACACUGGUGAGAAACCACAUGAAUGUAAUGUAUGUGGCAAAUCUUUUACUCAGUGGGGUGGUCUCAAGAGUCAUUCAGUAACACACACUACUGAUCGACCACAUAAAUGUGAUAUUUGUGGGAAAUCUUUCAGUCGGUUGGGUUCCCUCAAGAAACAUGCAUUAACACACACUGGCAAAAAAAGAGCGCAUAAAUGUCAGAUAUGUGCCAUUGUGUAUUACUCACUGAAAAGGUAG